AUGAAAUUCUUGCUUUUUGUCGCUGCUUUACUGCACGUGGCGCUGGUCACCGCUGGCCAUGUUGUUAGCGUACAGGUUGAGGCAGCAUCGUCUGAAAUACCUGCGACAAGCUUUUCAGCAGACGAAACCGAUUCAACAGCUGCCGAAACUGCAACGCAGAGGGGAGCUGCCUACGUGCCUUUCGCUGAACUUGCGCCAAGACAAAAAGUCAUGGGGGUGAUAAAUACAAUAGCCAUUCUUCGGACCAAGGCUGCGCUCCUUGAGGAUAUGAAGUCAGCUUUUGAGCCGAGGUCCACCGGAGACCCUACAGGAUUCCUGUAUGACAGGCUGCUCCCAGGACCAGCACUCGCUUACGGCGACUGCCGCCUCGGAAUCCUCCCCUUUUCUGUGUGCAGGCACUUGGGAUUUCUCGCCACUGACCCGAUGGUUGCACCGAGCUCCACUCAGAGCAAAUUACUUAGGCUUACUGCUGCCAGUUGUCUGAUCACUUCAUUCUCAAACGGGCACCUCGACCUGCUCGCAGACCCGGACUUGAAUGCAAUUCUGGGGCAGGAGCUGCUCGCCUCAGCGACACAGGCCCUCGCAUCCUUCUGGAACUGCCAGCUGAUGACCCCGGCAUUCGAUAUACGAGGGGCAUCUCUGGGUUCCCUGAGGGACGCGCUGCGAGACGCGGAUACAUUUUUGUUCCAAGUUGCAAUGCAGGCGAAGGAAAUCAUUCGUUUCUCCCGGCAAGAGUAUAAUGAAGUGGCCGCCUUUCUUGCCGCAUUGUUCUCAGAGAGCGAAUUAAGUGCCGCAGGUCACCGAGAAGAGAAGCCACAGCAUACCGGGCGCGCAGUUCGCAGCAUCGGGACACAGAUCCCUGAACCUGCACGUUCCUUAAGCAGGCAGGAGGAAAGUGACAUAUUUGGAGGUUUUUUAAGUCGGCUUUUUACGUCCCAGCAAUCGGAGAAACCACCUGAGUCUGUGGAAGUAACGCCCUUCAUGCCAGUGUCGCCAACCGAGAUCUUCGGCAGCACCCAGUUUGCAGGUCUGGCCGGCUCCCUCGGGAAUAACCUGACCUCACUCGUGCACAGUACCGCACGCAGCGCUGCAAAACUCGUGAAUGGCGAAGCUCCUCUGGAUGACGCCGAAGUAGCUGCCUCCAACGAGGCCACUGGAAGGCGGGUCAACACUAUCGUGGACAUGCUACCUGAAAAUGUGGAUGGACAGUUCCGGUGA